CUCUCAUCUCCAAAAAUUUGGAUCGCACCGAUUUUAUAUUUCUAUUCUAUUUUAUUUUAUAUACUCUUCUAUCCCUGUUCUUAUUUCAGGCCUCCAGCUAGCUACCAACUGCGCCCCGCCUUGUAGCCUGCUCUUCUGUCGCCACCCCCCACAACACAACACACACGCGCGCAACAAAGGGCCCGCGGCCACAGCCAACAUAAACAACACAUCACCACCUUUGUCUUCUUUCGUCUCAUCCUCAUUCUUCUUCUUCCUCUUUCUCACAACAACACCAAUAUCAUCAACUCUGCCAACACAUCUGUUUUCAAAAGAGUCACGCCUAUUUUUCCAGCAUCUCACGUGCCUCGCCUCUUGUCCAACUCGGUCCAGCUCUCGCCCAACCCACCAAAAGCUGACCAUCCCCGAUUCUAUCCGACGCCACCUCCAUCAUACACGCCCGCUUCACCGUCGCAGAAAAAGAGGCGUGCCUUGGUUCGCCCAUCUUAACAAAAACCCCAUCAAAUCUCACGAGACCUCUUUUUAUUACUGCAGAUACAGUAACUUGCUACAACAUAUACAUAUCUGCACCGCUUGCUACUACCCCACACAUACUAUACAUAUACCCACAUAGUAUACAUAUUACAUACACACAAUGACUUCAUCAACAACAACAACGCAAUAUACACACGCCAAGAUGAACACCGCCGCUUGGGUCCAGGCCAUUGUCAUCGAGGACGAAGACCUCACUUUUGGCGGAAAGAGCCUCAGCGAGCUCUACGAAGAAGACAGACAGCGUCUCAGCACCGCCUCUGCACCCAGCAGCACCUGCGGCAGCGAAGAGGCAGCCAGCUUUGACGACGAGGAGAGACGUGGUCGCGACAGAACCCGCCGCAUGUGCCACUACUACUCCAAGAGUGCUUAAAUCAUGAUCAACAUUAUUUGAUACACAGCAGCUACUCUUCGUCUCUUACAUGGGACACUACGCACGCUCGCGCUUUACGACUUCACCAUGCGCACCCACUCGUCUACCAGAUAUCCAUCUGCUCCAACACACACGACGCUGCCAUUCGCCCUACACUCAUAUAUCCAAUCUCUUCUUUGAUAUCCCUGGCUUCUACUUUCCACAUACACUAUACACUGGCAUCAUUGCUGCAAGCGGUUCAUGACUUUGGUCCUUUAGUUACUGGCUUUUUGCUUUGGGCUGCAUUUUAUUAUCUUUUUGGUUUUGCAUACACGGGAUACACGGAACAUGAACUCAGAGACACUCCCCAUCAUUGCUCGUCUCACAGCAUUUUUGCAUAUGAAAUACACGGUGGUCUGCUCCCUAAAGGCAUCUGCACUGGUUUGCAUGGUUUCUAGAAGGGUGACGACAUGGCCACCACUAUUAUUUAGUAUUACUAUUUACAAGCAACUAUUAUAUAUUUUCUGAGACGGAAACUCUUCCCUCAGCUGAAUGGCAGAAAUACCAUAAAUUUUAUUUUUACAUUAGAUCAUCCUUUCUUGACUACUAUCCCAUCUGCUGCCCGUGACACUACUGUGAUGUUGAUAGUCAUAGAUGCAGAUGAUGCCGCCCCUCGAUCGACAGCUUCGCAGCAGCAACACGCACAUCCCCCACCAUUCCUUACCGCAUUUUCAGACAAACCCCAUCUUGUGCUUGCUUUUUCCUUGUUCUCAUCCGCCCUAAAGAAUGCGCUGUCGUCCCGAUCGCCCAGUCACCCUCCCCUACCACCGCUGCGCUUGUGACCCCGACUCGCCCGCGUCACAUGCAGUAGCGCCUCACUGCCGGGCGAGUUACAGACACUAGUAAAACGGUGCUGCGACACAAGGGACGCUAGCCGUUAGGGAUGGAGACCAGUGUGUACAAAAACUGUGCGCAAGAGUUGACAAGUCGGUUGUUGGUCUUUUGCUUUUUUGUUUUUCUGUCUUUUGUUGUGGGCGCGACAUGGCUUGCUGGAUAAAUUGCAAGCUGGCGGGACAUGGCUGGCAGAGGCAACGGGGCGGAUGGAGCAAGUACGCCAGUCCCGUGUAAGCUUAUUUGGUAAUACGAAUACUCGAUAAAUUUAUAUCCUGCCUGCCGACUGACUGCUACGGCUGCAGUUUGCUGCAAGCCAGAGGAUGCGUAGGGCUGACUUGGGCGUGUAAGCGAGCCUCCCUCUCUCGGCUUUGCCGGUCCAGACACGUAUGCAUAUAUAUUCAUUUCAUGGCGCUAUACUGUGUAAAUUCAUCAGGC